AUGAGUGAACUUGAAAUGCAAAACCUUGCGAUUUGGUGCAACAGGUGCCUUGGAGCCCUGACAAAAUUUGUGGAAGAAGUCAUCGAAAUUUCAGUCAACUGGGCAAAUCUCAAGGCCUUUUGUUCCGCCAGGGACAGCAUCGAUGUGCGGCAGCGUUGGCGCACCCAUCUUCCCAAAACUGCACGCUCUGGGAAAAUGUGCUGGCCAACGCGGCGACACAUCGACGAGAUGGAUAUUAAUAUUCAUGGUGGCAGUAGCAGCACGGAGAACCUCUUGAACAGCAGUGACAGUCGAAAGGUGGUGUUACUCAUGUGUCCCAUUGUCGGCUGGUCGCCAUAG